CGCCCGUCCGCCGCUCCUCGCGACCAGCGACCAGCAGCCGCCGACGCGCGUCUCAUACCCACACACCUGCCAGGCCGCCAGCGAUACAGGGUGGAGCCGUUACACACCCCAUGGGCGGCUGAUUUGCUUCCGCAGUCGGAGAAAUUGCUUCCUUUUUCUUGGUUGGGAGACUUGUUGGUGGGUAUCUGGAGGCAGUGGCCCAUACUGAAGCUGGAUACUACACACCCAAAUACUGUCUGCUGCAUCGCUGCUCCCAUUGACGCCUAUGACGAGAAGCCGUGUCAGGAUCAAUAGUUCGUUUGUGUUAAGAACUAGAUACACAACACGUAGAAAAAAGUGUACAAUUAAUUAAAAUAUCUGUUUCGUUCAUUAUGCUUUCUGCAGUAGAGCAUUUCAGACGAACGUGUUGUUUUAAAUCAGUUUACCACGCCUAACGCACUUUCUGAAUGUCUUUUAAAAUGAACACUUCCUUUAUGCGUGAACUGACUCUCGGAAAUGAUAGAAGGGCUUCUCUAUGAGCAAGAGUCUAAUGUGCAAGCGUCGUUGUUGUGUCGUGUUACAGUACAAAUGAUCAAUAUUUUUGUGUUCUGAGGAUAGUACUGUGAAUACUGAACUCCACAACACUUAAUUAAUCUUGGCACGCACUGGUAACAGAGGUGCAGGAACACUGGACGACAAGUUGGCGUAUAAUGGGGACGAGAGGUGACUGGUGUAUAAGCACGCAAAACGACAGUGUAGAUCGCUUUCCCUGCAGAGAGAACCUCCCACCUGUUGAGUAAAGUACUCCAAAGUGCAACGUGGGCCAUGGCGCUGCCGUCGCUGAUGUUCCCUAUGCUGGAGAACACGACUCUGGAGGAGCUGCAGUGCCUGCUGGCGGAAGCCACGGGGGCAGAGCUGGAAGCGGCGGUGUCGGGGGCCAGCUGCCCCCGAGCCUGGGACAGCGUCACCUGCUGGCCAACCUCGCCGGCCGACACUCUCGUGCUGAUGCCCUGCUUCUCGGAGCUCAACGGUAUGCCGUAUGACACCAGCCAAAACGCGAGCCGGUGGUGCCACGCGAACGGCACGUGGUCGAGCUACAGCAACUACUCGUCGUGCGAGGCGAUGCUGCCCAAGAUGCCGGUGGCCGAGGUGAUCGACGAGGUCAUCGUCGAGGUGGCCACGACGCUGUACUUCACCGGCUACUCCGUCUCGCUCGCCGCCCUCAUCGUCGCCGUCACGAUAUUCCUAUACUUCAAAGAAUUGCGAUGCCUCCGAAAUGCCAUCCACAUGAAUCUCAUGUGGGCGUAUAUCCUCACCGACUUCUGGUGGAUUCUGACUGGUAUUGUAGAGGUAUCAGAGAAAGUGAGUAGCUCUGUGUGCGUCGUCCUGGUGCUACUUUUCUACUAUUUUCAGAUGACAAACUUCUUCUGGAUGUUCGUAGAAGGACUUUAUUUGUAUAUGCUGGUGGUGCAAACGUUUACGGGGAAGCUUAUGCAGAUGCGUGCUUACAUUCUCAUUGGAUGGGGGGUGCCACUAGUAAUCAUAACCGCGUGGGGCAUCGCGAAGGGACUCACUACGGGAACUGGAGACCCCACGGUGCCGAGCGCCGAACCGCUGCGCCUGCACUGCCCGUGGAUGGACGUUGACGCGUACGACUCGAUCCACAUGGGCCCCAUCAUGCUCGUGCUGUUCGCGAACCUCGGCUUCCUCGCCAGGAUUAUGUGGGUGCUGAUCACGAAGCUGCGGUCGGCGAACACGGUGGAGACGCAGCAGUACCGAAAGGCCAGCAAGGCGCUGCUGGUGCUGAUCCCGCUGCUGGGCAUCACCUACAUCCUGGUCAUCGCCGGCCCGAGGGAGGGCCUCUCGUCUGACGGCUACAUCUACGUCAGAGCGAUCCUCAUCUCCACUCAGGGCUUCAUGGUGGCGCUGUUCUACUGCUUCCUGAACUCGGAGGUGCAGACGGCGGUGCGGCACCGGCUGGACAGCUGGCAGACGGCUCGCUCGCUGCGGACGCGGGGGCGGGACUCACGGAGGCGGCACCGCAGCAGCAGCGGCGGCCGCCCCAGCAAAGACUGGUCGCCGCGGUCGCGCACCGAGAGCCUCAGGAUGGCGUCCAGGGUGUCGGUGAUCGCCGGCUGCGACCUGCCGGACGGCGCGGCGGCCUCCCGCCCCAGCCACCUCAACGGCGGCGGUGGCGGCGCCGUCACUCCGGCCAUAGCCUGGCUGUCCACACGCACCGGCUGGAACUGAGCGUCUUCGCGACUCCGGAUCACUGCCUACAGCGCCUGGUGCGCUAUCUCCCUGCUUCAUCACUACGUGGCGAGGAAGUGUUCCUGCGGUGCCCUGCAGACGUGGUUCGUGCUGCCUCUCUGGGACAAUGGAGGCGAAUAGUAAUUUGCUGGUGUUGUCCUAUUUGGGAGCCAACUAGUACAUAUAGUUGACGUCAAGUUUUUGGUUGGCAGGACUUACAAUUAUGAAAAUCAAGUGUAGUAGUGGAAUAACCACCAAACAACAGUGUACAUCUUUCUAACUGCCCUAAAAUAACGCAGUGAGUGGCUGGAAACGAAAGGGGUUCCACCAUUUUAGAAUCUGGUGUGUGCUACUUCCCAUGUAUACUUUCGGCAAUGUAUAACUCUUCUGUGGAACUGACCUCGACAUUUCGUUACAAUACACGCGAUUAAAACGAGGAAAAGCUCAUUUCUGUAUCAUUAUUCCCCUCCGCCACACCCCCACCCGCCACAGUGUCAUAAUGUAUCAGUUCGAGGUCUUUCUACUGCUGAAAUACAUUCCAGGUCUUCCAGGUACUCUGGAGUUCACAAGGUUUGUAGCGUAACAGAAUACUCGAGGACGCAAUGCUGUCCAGCUUGUGCUCUAUAAUUUUACAGCAGAACAAGGAAACACUUGAGACCAGGUGUUGUAUAGUAAUUUCCUGGUGCUGUCCCAUUUGGGAACGACGUACGAGCUCUGUAUGGCAUUAUAAUCCGUGCAGGAAAAACUGACCUUGAUCUUGUGCAUGAAGGUAGCAACAACACAUCCCUCCUAUAAGAUCCAAAAUCAAAAUUAGUCUGUAAAUUGGUGUCUCUUAAUAUUGAUGAUAUUAGAUGUCGUUAUAUUUUGUACAGUGCAUCAGUAUUUAAUACCAAAGACUGAUAAUGUAAUUGACUUUAAAAAACGAACUGAGGGAAUUAAUCUUUUUUACUCAUUCAAUUGAUUGUGUACCGAGUAAUA